GUACUUUAUCAAUAUACUUUAGAAUCAUGCAGUAUAUAGUAUAUACACUGAAAUAUGUGUAAAUGUGUGAAAACGGGUUAGGGUUUACGGGACGUGAUAUUUGCAGUGUAAUUAUUAGUGCAAUUAGGAACUAAUGAGCGUUGCCGCGAGGGGUCUGUGUCACGUGACGACGCGGCUGCUUCGCUCCUCCGCGCUGCGUGUGACGGAUGGGCUGCGCGCGCUCGCUUAGCUCCUCGCGGGGGGGGGACGCCAAGCUCCGGUGCGGUCACGCGCAGUCCCGACGCCGCGCGGUCUGCAGCGCGAGUGCAGCACGAACCCUGCGUCCCGCCAGCCGAGAUGCGCUCGUGCGGUGUCUGUGCGCUCGCGGCGGCCGUCGCCGUUGCCCUGUGCGUGUCGGCCGCGCCCUCCUCGGGGCUCCGGCGCGUCUGGGCCGGGGCUCCGCCGCCGGUGCAGCCGUGCCAGGCGCCCAUGCAGUGGGAGGGCCGGACGGUGGAGUACGAGCACAGCACGGGGAGGAACAACCGGGCCAUGAUGUCCUAUGAUGGAGAGAACCAGAGGAUCCGCGUGCUGGAGGAGAAGAGGGGGCACGUGCCUUGCAAGAAGUACUUUGAAUAUAUCUAUUUGUACCAGAAUGCCGUGAUGUUCCAAAUCGAGCAAGUCACCAAAGCGUGCUCGAAAAUCGCUCUGACGGAACCGUGGGAUCCGUACGAUAUUCCAGACAACUCCACCUACGAAGACCAGUACUUCAUUGGCGGGCCGGGCGACAUGAUCGAGGUGCAGGAAUGGUCGGACAGGAAGCCCGCACGCAAAAAUGAAGCCUGGGUGGGCGUCUACACGGUAAAGGACUGCUACCCGGUCCAGGAGACCUACACGAGGAACAGCAGCGUGACGACCUCCACCCGCUUUUUCGACCUACAGCUGGGGAUCAGCGACCCCGGCGUGUUCACCCCGCCCGAGUCGUGCCGGUCCGCCGGGGCCGAGAGGAUGGGCCGAGGCUGUUGAGCGUCCGUGUCCACGGGGGGACACGGAGACGCGCUCGAGUCGUACACCUAUGACGCACCUAGCUCUCAUUGUGGGGGGUCUGGGGGAGGAGGCUGCAAAAGAGCAUAGAAGCUGUAAGAAAUGCUUGUUAGUCUCUUAGUGAUGGAAAGCCCACGUCGCUGGCAUGUCGUUUGAUACAAGUCCAGAGAUGGUUCCCUUCCGGACGAAGCUUAACCGCAUUGGUCACGGUGGGGUUUACUGUAGCACACAGAUAGCAGCAUGUUUAUCAAGUUUACUUUUAUUUCCACUGGAACUUUAAGGGCGAGUUAGAGAAUGAAUCUUGGUGCCUCCUGAAUGGGUUUGAAGAAAUAAAAUCUCAGCGUGUCCCUCUGGUCUGUCGCGGUAAUCACUACCUCUGUAUUAAUCCGAGAAGAUGGAUAAACGUAUAUUACCUGCUUCUGUGUACGAGCGCAAUCGUAGUGAUAGAACUUAGAUUAAAAUGUAUAUUUGCUA